AUGGUGGAUGGGAUUUUGAGGCUGAGAUUCAACCUUGGUGGUGGCGCCAUGUUAACUAAUGCAGGACGGAAUCUCCAUGACGACAGAUGGCAUCGAGUGGAAUUGAUUCGAAAUGUAGAAGACACUAUUUUAAAGGUAGACGAAGAUACUCAGUCCAAAGUCACCAAAGGAACAGAUUACCAGUUUGGUAACUAUACGUCUAACAGCUUUGUGUACAUUGGAGGCAUACCUAGCUGGUACAGUGCGAAACUGACCCAGAUGUCCCUACCAUCUGUAUUCUUUGAACCUCAUUUUAAAGGUUCUAUUCGUGCAGUUGUGUAUGCCAGUGAGGAAGGACCCCCUCGUCAUCAGGACAUGAUCGAAUUCAAAGGUAUUCGUUCCAACGAACUGGACGCUUGCAAGCACCACGAUCCUUGCCAGCAUGGAGGUGAGUGCAUCAGCACCGACAGUGGAGCCAUCUGUGACUGCGGAACGGGAGACUAUGAUGGCAACUUUUGUGAAAGAGAACGUACGCCGGCAGAGGCCACUUUCCGAGGUACAGAGUAUCUGUCAUAUGACCUCCUCUCGCUGCACUCCGAGCCCAUCCUCGCAUCCAGUGACCAGCUCUCUCUUCACUUCAAAUCUCGGCAACCGAGCGGCGUGCUUCUGUACAAUGGCCGCGGAGAAGACUACCUCUUACUGGCCCUGAAGGAAGGGACUAUUGUCUUGGCAAUUCACUUAGGCUCGAGUUCAGUGGAGAAGCAGCUGCGACCUGCCAAAGUCAGAUUUGAUGACAACCAAUGGCAUAGAGUACUGGUGCAUCGAAAAGUUAGAGAAAUCACACGGGCAACCAGUUUCUGUCACUUCUCAAUCACUGUGGAUGGCGUUUACACGGAACGAGGCUCUACAGCAGGCACAUUCAAUCUUUUGUCCAGCAGCGUUCUCUUUGUAGGUGGUCUUGACCACUCUGGUGGAUAUCAGGGUGCUCGACAGCAUUCUAACUUCGUUGGCUGUAUUAAGAAGGUGGAAUUCAUGGCAGACAGUUUAAAGCUUGAAGUUAUUGAGCUUGGAAGAACUGGCAACAAGUUGAUUCAGCAACAGGGGAGUGUCCAGUACUUGUGUCAAGAAGUAGAGGCUGCAGAUCCAAUCACAUUCACUAACAAGGAAUCGUUCUUGGCUCUGCCGAGCUGGGAUGCGGCCCGCAGCGGAAGCAUCGCGUUCAAGCUGCGGACGAAUGAAGCGAACGGCGUGCUGAUGUACAACACGGGUACCACUGCACAGGGAGACUUCUUCGCUUUUGAACUCCUCGACGGGCACGUCUUCCUUCUUCUCAACUUGGGAUCUGGAGCUGUAAAAGUAAAAGCAACAACACGACGAGUAGAUGACGGCCAAUGGCAUAUUGUUUCCCUGAAAAGAAACGGAAAAUCUGGAAGAGUGACUGUGGAUGAAUCAGCUGUGGACUUCAUUACCCCUGGAAACUCCAACCAGUUGGAUUUGGAAGGCCCUCUUUACGUAGGAGGUGUUGGUACUAGUGCACAAGGAGUUCUCAUUCCUAGUGAGCUGUGGUCGGGAAGUCUACGCUAUGGAUACGUCGGCUGCAUGCGUGACUUGGUUAUCAAUGGGAGAGCAGUCGACAUUGCAGGAGUCAGCCAAAAGCAGGAUUCGGGCAGCAUACGGCCCGCUUGCCAUACAUCGACACCUCAAUGCGACAAUCAACCUUGCUUGAAUGGUGGACUGUGUCUGGAAGGAUGGAAUCACUACACUUGUGACUGUUCGCAUACCAGUUAUUCUGGAACUGUAUGCGCGAAAGAUGCAACAACAUUGAGCUUCGACGGCACGCAGUCCAUGAGAAUUGCUUUGUCAGAACUUCCGACGCAAGCCGAAGACAUACGAUUGCGCUUUCGUACUACAAGACCGAGUGGGCUACUCUUUGCAACAGCCUCUGACCGCUCUGCCAAUACUCAUUUAUCCGCUGCUCUAGAAGCUGGAAGACUCAAAUUGGUGCUCAAUCUAGGUGACGGAAACAAAGUAUUUUUUGUGGGUCAAGGACUAAAUGAUGACCAAUGGCACACUCUUCGGGUCACUCGAAGAGGACAAAGUAUGGACGUCAAGGUGGACUCUGAAGCUACCACUCGAGAGCUUAGUGGAUUGAAUGUCAAUCUUGAUAUCCAGACUUUGAAUAUCGGGGCGAUAGGAUCUGAGCGAACAUCUUCAACAAUCACGUCAACAUCUUCCAGCAAAGAGGUUCCCAAUUUCGUGGGCCACAUGCAGCACUUCAUCUUCAAUGGCCAACACUUCUUUGACAUGGCACGCAGUGGACAGAUGACUAACUUCAAGGUAACAGCAAAGUUCGGCAAGAAAGACGAAAUAGUUCAUCACCCCGUCACAUUCAAGUCGAAGUUCACCUUCAUUGGUCUUUCCCAGUUAAAAGCCUAUUCUUCGAUGAAUCUCUACUUCCAGUUCAAGACCUUGGAGCCUAAUGGACUGAUCCUGUACAAUGGAGGCAAAGGCCAAGAUUUCAUCGCUAUAGAGUUAGUGGAUGGACACUUACACUACAUCUUCAAUUUAGGAGACGGACCUCGAAAGGUCAGAUCAAACACCAGGACAACGUUGAAUGACAAUCACUGGCAUGCAGUUACAAUCGGUCGUCCUUCGGUAAAACAGCACACUCUGAUGGUGGACGACAUGAUAGCCACGGUUGCCAGCACGGGCUCCAACGUGCAUUUGGACUUGGACGGACUGCUGUAUUUGGGAGGUGUUCCACGGUCCACAUACGCAGGACAGCUUCCGAAACUGGUGCAGUCUCGACAUGGAUUCGAGGGUUGCUUGGCCUCUCUCGACCUCAACGGAGAGACUGUCGAUCCUAUAACGGAUGCUGUUGUGCCUAGUACCCUGGUCUCAACUGGAUGCGCUGGUCCUGUCACUAAAUGCAGCACUUCAGCCUGUGCCAACCGUGGGAUUUGUGUUCAAAUGUGGAACAGCUACACUUGCGACUGUGAUAUGACAUCCUUUACCGGACCAACUUGCUCUGAUGAAAGUGUCUCCUACAAAUUCGGACAACGGGGAGGCCUCAUCACUUUUUCGUUCUCCUCCGACAAACGGCCGGACACAAAGAGCGACUUGUUGGCCCUGGGUUUCAUCAGCUCUACCGACAACGCUGUCCUGGUGCGAAUAGACAGCGGCAGCAGCAACGAUUACAUGGAACUGGAAAUAGUGGACGGUAAUGUUUUUAUGGUGUACAAUAUGGGCACAGAAGAUCAUCCAAUUGGCGAGCUGAGCGUCAAUGUAAACGACAAUCAGUAUCACGUGGUACGCUUCACGAGAUCUGGUCCCAAUUCCACUAUUCAAAUUGAUGAUCACAACGUGCGAACGAAACAACCAACAGGUCGCCAACAUACGAUCUUCAACAGCCACUCGAAGAUUCAGGUGGGUGGCAAAUUCAACUCGGUCAAGAACAGAAUCGAACGGCCGUUCCAUGGGGUGAUCUCGGGACUUGUGUUCGGCAGCAACAGGAUAUUGGACAUGGCUGCAGAAAACGAUCCCAGGGUUGAAGUGCAAGAGGAUGUGGAAUUGCUCAUCGCCAUUCCUCCCGGAGGCCCAACAACGGAAUCAAGUGAGGAAGAGAAUUCAUCAACUACUGACCCUACGGAACCCACUGAAGAAGUGAUAUUUUCCGGUGCUGGAUCUGGCUGUUGGGACGAUGAAGACGACUGCGAAAGUGCUAACAAUGAGAGACAUGAAGAGCUCAUCACGCCUGAAUUUGUGUCUCCGACCCCAGAGGACUUCAGUGAACCCCGCCGUGAGGACACCUGUGAAGAUGACGACGACGACUGCAUCGACAUCGGCUCUGGAAUCUCAGAAGGAGAGGUCGCCCGGCCGGAGGACAUCUUGCUCACCGUUCCCGCCCAUUCCGGCCGCGUGCCCCCCGCCUCCUCCCCCGUCCCACCCGUCCUGGUGGUUUCUCCGCCUCUCCCCAAGACGACCCGCGUGCCCGCCGUUGUCUACGAGGUCCCCAUACCAGGGCUGGGCACCAACAGCGGGAAAGACUACCAGCGUCCGACCCAGCGCAGUCGCAGUUCUGCAGACAAUACGGCCCUGGUGAUUGGUGUGAUCGCCGGGGUCCUGAUAGCGAUCGUGCUCAUUGCGCUCAUAGUGUACAAGUUGAGAAAUAGGACCGAAGGCUCGUACAAAGUAGACGAGAGCAAGAAUUAUCAGUUCGGGGCGAUAGCGGCAAGCCCAGCGUUUUUAAACGGCCCAAUGCCUCCCCAUAUGAAUGGAUUGGGGAAAGGGCACCCCGAGAAAACUCCGAAAAAAAAGAAAGGUGGCAAAGAUUUGAAGGAAUGGUAUGUGUAACCAACAACAUUGGCGAGGCAUUACUUCCGAUGGAAAUCCAUCGCCUCCCCCUUCAUCCCCUAAUAAAAAAUUUCUACAAAACUUAUUACGUCUUGACUUCUCAAAAAGCCAUGUUGUCCAAUUGUGUUGCAAAAACAGAACCAUUUUCUUAUUUUAUGCAUUAAGUGAAUCUGCACGAUGUGUCAGAGAGGGAAGGUUGUUUGAAAUCCUAAAACCUCCUAAUUCCGUCUUCGUGUAUUGACCUGCUCAAAGUCAAGACCUAUUCGCAAAUCAUCAGGUAAUUUGUUGGCGACAGACCUGUUCGCUCACAACUCAAAUGGACUCUUUCUGGAUUUUUUUAUACGUAACAAUGCAUCCCACCGCGUAUAUUACAGAUCCUUUCGACAGAGAGAUUGGUCAUUGGCAACUAUCUUGUGCCUAAAUUUGAUCAUUCGCCAUGCACUCAUAUUCAACUCCUUCAAAGCUUUGAGGGCAUUUUAUCCACAGAAUAUACAUUGCUACCUACAGAGCACUACAGUAUGAAGGACAUGACACGACGGGUAUACGGUACACCAUAUUAACUCUGUGUGAGCUGUGCGUUAGUGUCUAAUCUCUCUCUCUGUUUAAAAGAUCCCUAAUAUACAUGUAACCGUGAAAGUCCAAAAUCUGGUAAAUAUUGACAUAACGCGGUGAAUAUCCACAUGCACAUGCUAAAGACAUCGGUGAACCACCGAAUGUUUCCGGUGAAUAAUUGGUGAUAGUCAACAUUCUCCCAUUUUGGCCUUUCAAGCUUUCACGGUAACGUAAACAAUCCCCCAGUGACAUCUUAGGAAAUAUAAAAGAUUCUUCAAUCGAUAUUAUUCAAUGAAAAGAAGGUAAAACGUUUUUCUCCGAAUUGAUGGUGGUGAUAUAUCGUAGAUAUUAGUUUUGACAAAGUUUGGCGAUCACUUAUUUGAUGUUAUUUUAAUGAUUGAGCAAUGGCUUGUAAACCUAACCAAUAUCUGAUUCAUCUAUAAUGAUCAGUGUUGUAAACUUUCAAGACUUUUUUGGAUGAAAGAAUGAUUGGAAAGCAGAAAAUUAAAGUGAUCAGAAACGGAAAGUAUUUUGUCAUCGAACAUGUUUACAAUCAGUAGCUUUGAUAGGUUUACAAGAGAAGGGUGUAAAGAAUCAAAUUUUUGUUAUUGUGAUAUGGAUCAAGACGUGUUACCUUGGUCAAACUCACUAACUUUUGUUUGGAGAGAAAGGGAAGAAACUCUUAUAUUGCAAAAGGCAAUAACUAUUACAGUACGCCAAUUGCAACACAAACCGGCUUUCCUCAACCCUAUUUUAACAAAUGGCCAAACAAUAACGAGAAAGAUAUUUACAAAAAAAAUUUUUAAAUAAAAACUUUUUUUUUUUUUGAAUUUCUCCUUCAUAAGGAAGUUUGUCUUGAUUCGUAUGGAAGCCAUAAUGAUUACACUGCGACGAAACAAGUACAUCAAACUUGACUCGGUCUAAUUUCAAAAAUUCUGUGUACCUCUGCUUAAAUGAGCUGUUAUGUACAGCAUUGUACAAAUCAUACAUUCCCGAGAAACAUGAUUCCAAAUUAAAGUGCAUCAAUAAAUAUAGAAUGCGCCAUAUGACCAUAUGAAAGUGGCUUUUAUCAGACGUCAUUGAUAAAUAUCGGUCAGGAAAAGAGAACUAUGGAUAACUUUUAGUUAUUUCAUGUAUAUUUGUAAAGACGUUAAAAAAGAAACAUACGUGAAAAAAAACUUGAGCAUCUGAAGUACAUGAGAGUCAAUGUUCUAGACAAAUGUGUGUCAUUGAGCAAGUUCUGUUAACUGCCAUUUCAAUGACAGUCUGUUGCCAGAAAGUGUUUCA